AUGACCUACUGCUCCGCUUCCUACCAAUUCUCCUAUCUUGACACCCCCGAGUUCUAUACGACAGGCUUACACAUCCUGUCUAUGAUUGCUAUCCCCAUUCACCUAUUCGGUGCCUAUUGCAUUCUGUUCAAGACUCCAGAGACCAUGAGUUCUGUGAACAGGUGUAUUUGGACUACUGGAUGGACUGGGUGUCAACAGAACAUUCCAGACUUUUUUGCAGUUUGGGUCUGUGGAAAGUACACUAUGUACAUCGGUAUGAUUCUGAUAUUUGAGAACCGAUAUCUGAUCAUCACUGACGCCAAUAAGUACUGGAAGGCUUUUCGAAAACCAUGGAUGGUGUUGAAUUAUAUCUGCGCAGUUUCUGUGGGAAUUCCAUUUUAUUUGAUGAUUCCGGAGGAUCAGGAGAGCUCGAGAAGCAAGGUUUUUGAGGUAUGA